GGCUUUUGAACCGCCGAUCUAAAUCUCAGUCAGUUGCCAGUCUACAAACUCUCUCAAAACUCUAAAACGACGCCAUUUUUAGCAAGACGAUGAUGCUUGGCUUGCUUUCUAUAACCACCGUUGCGUGCUUGCUAUGUUGCUGAGACUACUGGUUCGGAGAUUGACUUUGCACUCGCCGCGAGCUUAUCAGCUGUAAAAUGUUGGAACCGACGGAUCAAAAGCACAUGGCCCGGACCGAUUCGUCGUCCGACGAAGAAGACGAUCGCCACCACCUGAUCGAGCAGAACGAGAGGAAGCUCCCCACCACCAAUCACCAAUCGACGUUCCACAUUGACGACGACGACGUCGACGGCGGUUAUAGCACCCGCCAAUUCCACUCCCAGAUACGACGCCGUUUCAAUUCCCUCUCUUCCCUCAACAAGAAGUACCUCUUCGCCGUCUCUCUCCCUCUCCUCAUUGCCGUCCUUUUCUUCUCCACCGACCUCCACGGCGUCUUCUCCUCCAAUCUCUCCAUCAUUCCCUUCGACUCCCUCUCUGAUCGACUGCGCGAGUCCGAAUUACGCGCCCUCUACUUGCUCCGGCAGCAGCAGUUGGGUCUUUUCAAUCUUUGGAAUCAAACCGUCGUCCCUGUUGCUUCUCCGAUUCCUUCCUCGAAUUCCACUCCCAAUGCUACUGCUACUCCGUCCAAUAGCUCGGUUUCCGGUUCAGCAUUCGGAACCGAACAGAAUUCAUUCGUUGAGGAUCUUAAAUCCUUGCUUCUUAGGCAGAUUUCAUUGAACAAAGAGAUUCAGCAGGUCCUUCUCGCUCCCCACCGGUCCGAGAAUUCCACCACCGCCGGUUUCGAAUACGAUGUCGGCGAUCCCAGUUUCGGUGCUUUUGGUCCCGAUAGGUGUAGGAAAGUGGACCAGAAGUUGUCCGACAGAAAAACCAUUGAGUGGAAGCCCAAUUCGAAAAAAUUUCUGUUCGCCAUUUGCCUUUCGGGCCAAAUGUCCAACCAUUUGAUUUGCUUGGAGAAGCAUAUGUUCUUCGCAGCUCUGCUAAAUCGGGUUUUGGUUAUUCCUAGUCCCAAAGUGGAUUACCAAUUCAGUAGGGUGUUGGACAUUGAUCACAUCAAUAAAUGCUUGGGAAGGAAGGUCGUCGUUUCUUUCGAGGAAUUCGCCGAGAGCAAGAAGAAUCACAUUCAUAUUGAUAGGUUUAUAUGCUAUUUUUCUAAGCCUCAACCUUGUUAUGUGGAUGAUGAUCAUGUUAAGAAGUUGAAGAAUUUGGGGAUUUCACUGGGGAAACUUGAGUCUCCGUGGGUGGAAGAUAUUAAGAAGCCGAAUAAAAGGACAGUUGAAGAUGUUAACUCCAAGUUUUCCACUAAUGAAGAUGUUAUUGCGAUUGGGGAUGUUUUCUUCUCCGAUUUGGAGCGAGAUUGGGUGAUGCAGCCGGGUGGUCCUAUUGCUCACAACUGCAGGACUCUAAUCGAACCCAGCCGUCUCAUAAUGCUUACCGCGCAGCGCUUUAUUCAAACAUUCUUGGGAAAGAACUUCAUUGCACUUCAUUUCAGACGACAUGGCUUUUUGAAAUUCUGCAAUGCCAAACAGCCAAGUUGCUUUUACCCCAUUCCCCAAGCUGCGGAUUGCAUCACACGGGUUGUUGAAAGGGCCAAUACACCAGUUAUAUAUCUCUCUACAGACGCAGCUGAUAGUGAAACUAAUUUACUGCAAUCACUAGUCGUACUGAAUGGAAAGAUUGUACCAUUAGUUAAACGCCCUGCUCGAAAUUCAGCUGAAAAAUGGGAUGCUCUAUUGUACAGGCAUGGCCUUCAGGAGGACUCACAGGUAGAAGCUAUGUUGGAUAAGACAAUCUGUGCCAUGUCUACUGUGUUCAUCGGAGCCUCUGGAUCCACUUUUACAGAGGAUAUCUUACGUCUUCGGAAGGAUUGGGGAUCAGCGUCUCUGUGUGAUGAGUACCUUUGCCAAGGUGAACAACCCAAUUUCAUAGCAGACAAUGAAUGAUGAAGAAAUAAAAUAUUGGUUGAUUCUUAGUUUCUGUGGCUUUACCUUAGAGCAACAAAAGGGCAGCCUUGAAAUUUAUUUACAUGUACAUUAGUGUAUGAUAGCAGCAUUUGCCACUAGCGCACAAGUUUUGUAUUUGGAUAUUUCAACAGGUUGUUCAUUUGAUUGUGAUUAUGUGACGUGCUUGUGAAUCUUAAAGUUUACAA